CGAUCUAGAACAACGCGGAUUCAAGUUUGAAUGGAAGUGUGCUAUAAAUUUUUUGGAACCGUUGUUUUUCCGAGAUUGACGGCUUUGUCCGCCACGUUUGCUUUCAAAGUCACGCCAGGAAAAUAUGACUCACUCGCAAAUAAAUACUUUACCAGUUUGUUUAGAGGUUUGCUGAGAGAACGACGCUCCUUCCAUCGCUCUUUCCAGUCUUCUCCCCCAAUUCCCCGAUCUGUUCUCGAGGAUCUCUCCUCUUCGCUAGAACGCCUCGAUCUUCUUCGCUGCAACGCUUCCUCCGUCUUCUCAGGAUGAAGACGAUCAUCGCCAUGGCGCUGCUGGGUCUGUUCUUGAGCUUGGCAGCAGCACAAGCGCCGCAGGACUGCACCGCUCUUGCUACUCGUCUCGCAAGCUGCCUCUCCUUCCUCCAGGGCCAGGCCCCCGCCCCGGAUGCCCUUUGCUGCUCCAACUUGGUAGCCAUCAACAACAUCAACGCUUCGUGCCUGUGCAGCUUCGCCUCCAUGACCGGCUCGGCUUCCGGCCUCAACAUCAACACCACCCGAGCGCUCGAGCUUCCGUCUCGCUGUAACAUCCCAAACGUCACCUGCGAAGGCACUACGAUUCCAGCUCCAGGUCCUACUGGUGAGAAUGCCCCUGCCCCGGAAUCCGGUGCCAAUCCACCACCCGGUAGCUCCGCAGCAAAAUCUCUAUCGUCGUCGUCUUGGCUCGUGCUUGGAGCUGCCAUCGUCGGGUACCUCUCUCUAGCCUCGCUUCAGUGAGUGAGAAGUUUUGCGGUUUCUCCUCGGUAGCUUAUCGUGUGACCCAUUUGUUGUGAAAUAAAAUCUUUCUGCAUUUUUUUUUU